AUGGCUAAGAUCAAAGUGGAGGCUGAAGCCAAGAAGAUCGGGCUCAGGUUUAAUCCUGGAAAAUGCGCCACCCUCCAUCUUAGGGGCAAGGGCGGUAAGCAGCGCGCAGUACCCACUGAGUUCUUCAUGGGCGAUGAGCCAGUAAAGGCGCUCCAAGCGGGACAAGCCUACCAACAUCUAGGAAUACCAACUGGCUACCAAGUGAGACAAACACCCGUUGCCACCAUUGAGCAGCUCAUCACUGAUGUUAGGACGGUGGACGACUCUCUGCUAACCCCAUGGCAGAAGCUUGACGCCGUAGCCACUUUCAUCUUACCAAGGCUAGAUUUCGUGAUGAGGGGAGCUCAGGUCCGAAAGGCGGGCCUCACAGCGGCGGACAAAGUCAUCAAGAGAGCAGGUAAACGCUGGCUGAACCUUCCGCAGCGCGCCAGUCCGGAGGUGGUCAUCAUACCCCCGUAUAGGGGUGGUGGAGGGUUGCUUCCGUUGGCGGACCUGGCAGACGUACUCACGGUAGCUCAUGCGUUCAGGAUGUUAACCUGUGCGGAUGGGUCCGUGAGCGCGUUGGCGAGGAAGACGCUGUCGGACACGGUUCAGCGGAAGCUGAAAAGACCACCAGUGCAGCAGGACAUCGCUGAAUACCUCUCUGGCUCAGUGGAGAGGGAGUUCUUUGGGCCCAGCACCGACAAUUCCUCAUUUUGGUCACGUGUCAGAGUGGCAACGAGACGCCAAGCUGCGAAGCUGGAGCUGAAAUGGAGACACGAUGGUGGCCGGGACGAACUAUCGCUGGAGUGUAAGAGCUCUAGAGGCAGAACAGUCAUCAUCCCCCCAGAGGCCAGGACCCAGGUGAUCAACCGGCUGAGAACGGCCAUACAGGAGCAUUACCUCGCGACGCUCCUCGCGAAGCCAGACCAGGGAAAAGUCUACAAGGUUUCAUCUGGUGUAAGGGUCGCCAAUCAUUUUAUGAGAAGCGGCAGUUACACCAGGUUUGCCGAGUGGCGUUUUGUCCACCGUGCCCGGCUCGACGUGCUCCCAUUAAACGGGGCACGAAGAUGGGGUGAGGGGGACAAGCGCUGCCGUAGAUGUAACCACGCCCUGGAAUCCUUGCCGCACGUGCUGUGCCACUGCACACCACUCUCGGCAGCGAGACAACUGCGCCAUGACGCUAUUGUAGCAAGAGUGGCAAAAGCUGUCAAACUGCCUGGCACCAUGACCAUCAACCAGACAGUUGCGGGAGUCUCUGGUGGGAAUCUCUCAGCACUAAGGCCGGACAUUGUCAUCAGGAACGAGACCACGAGGUCCGUCACCAUAGUGGACAUAACCGUGCCAUUCGAGAACCGACGGGAGAGUUUCGCAGAGGCGCGGGACGAGAAGAUAAGGAAGUAUACCCCGCUGGCUGUUGCGCUGCAGUCACGAGGCUACAAUGUGGAGGUAGAGGCGAUCCUCGUUGGUGCCCUGGGCACCUGGGACCCACGCAACGAGCCGGUGCUGAGACGCUUGCGUGUUAACCAACGCUACGCGUCUAUGAUGCGCCGUCUAAUUGUAUCUGACACCAUCCACUGGUCACGGGACAUGUACGUGGAGCACGUCUCUGGGGUGAGACAAUAUUCUGCUCCUCCUGGGGAGCGCCCUGGCUAG